AUGCCUGAGGCAAAACCAGAGGCCAAAAAGACCCCUGAAGGUAAAGAUGCCCCCAAACGAGCCUCCAAAGAAGCUCCCCCUAAAGAGGUUCCUAAAGAAGCCUCACCUGAGGGCCAGUCUCCCAUUGCUGAGGAGCCCACCGGCAUUUUCCUAAAGAAGCCAGAGUCUGUAUCGGUGGAGACUGGAAAGGACAUGGUGAUCUCAGCCAAGGUGAACGGGAAGGAGUUCGAAGGCAAACCGACCAUCAAGUGGUUCAAGGGGAAGUGGCUGGAGCUGGGCAGCAAGAGCGGGGCCCGAUUCUCCUUCAAGGAGUCCCAUGACUCUGCUAGCAAUGUAUACACCGUGGAGCUGCAUAUUGGGAAGGUGGUACUGGGGGACCGUGGGGAUUACCGCCUCGAGGUCAAAGCCAAGAACACCUGCGACAGCUGUGGCUUCAACAUCGAUGUGGAGGCACCUCGUCAGGAUGCCUCUGGGCAGAAUCUAGAAAGCUUCAAGCGUGCGGGUGAAGGGAAGUCAGAAAACGCUGGUGAGCUGGAUUUCAGCAGCCUGUUGAAGAAGAGGGAGGUGGUUGAGGAGGAGAAGAAGAAGAAGAAGAAAGAUGAUGAUGACCUAGGCAUCCCCCCAGAGAUCUGGGAGCUCCUGAAAGGGGCAAAGAAGAGUGAGUACGAGAGAAUCGCCUUCCAGUAUGGCAUCACAGACCUCCGUGGCAUGCUGAAGCGGCUCAAGAAGGCCAAGGUCGAGGUUAAGAAGAGUGAAGCCUUCACGAAGAAGCUGGAUCCAGCCUAUCAAGUGGACAGGGGCAACAAGAUCAAGCUGGUGGUAGAGAUCAGUGAUCCAGACCUUCCCCUCAAAUGGUUCAAGAAUGGCCAGGAGAUCAAACCAAGUAGCAAGUACGUGUUCGAGAAUGUCGGUAAGAAGAGAAUUCUCACCAUCAACAAGUGCACACUGGCAGAUGAUGCUGCCUACGAGGCAGCCGUCAAGGAUGAGAAAUGUUUCACCGAGCUCUUUGUCAAAGAACCUCCAGUCCUGAUUGUCACACCCCUUGAAGACCAGCAAGUGUUUGUGGGUGACCGGGUGGAAAUGAUGGUGGAGGUGUCGGAAGAUGGUGCCCAGGUCAUGUGGAUGAAAGAUGGUGUGGAGUUGACCCGGGAGGACUCCUACAAUGCCAGAUACCGUUUCAAGAAGGACGGGAAGCGCCACAUUCUGAUCUACUCAGAUGUGACCCAGGAGGACAGGGGUCGCUAUCAGGUCAUGACCAAUGGUGGCCAAUGUGAGGCUGAGCUCAUUGUGGAAGAGAAACAGCUGGAAGUCCUGCAGGGUAUCGCGGAUCUGACAGUGAAGGCCUCAGAACAGGCCGUGUUCAAGUGUGAGGUUUCUGACGAGAAGGUGACUGGCAAGUGGUACAAGAACGGCAUUGAGGUGCGGCCCAGCAAGAGGAUCACCAUCUCCCAUGUGGGGAGGACCCACAAGCUGGUGAUUGAUGACGUCCGUCCAGAGGAUGAGGGAGACUACACAUUCGUGCCUGAUGGCUAUGCUCUGUCUCUCUCAGCCAAGCUCAACUUCUUGGAAAUCAAAGUGGAGUAUGUACCUAAGCAAGAGCCACCAAAGAUCCACCUGGACUGCUCAGGGAAGACCUCAGAGAAUUCCAUUGUAGUCGUGGCUGGAAAUAAGCUGAGGAUGGAUGUAGCCAUCUCAGGGGAGCCCCCUCCCGUGGCCACCUGGCUGAAGGGAGACGAGGUGUUCUCGACCACGGAGGGCCGGACCCGCAUCGAGCAGCGGGUGGACUCUAGCAGCUUUGUGAUUGAGAGUGCCGAGCGGGCAGACGAAGGCCGCUACACCAUCAAGGUCACCAACCCCCUCGGCGAGGAUGUGGCUUCCAUCUUCUUGCGGGUUGUGGAUGUCCCAGAUCCUCCGGAGGCUGUGCGAGUCACUUCAGUUGGAGAGGAUUGGGCCAUCCUUGUCUGGGAGCCACCCAAGUAUGACGGGGGGCAGCCAGUCACUGGGUACCUCCUGGAGCGGAAGAAGAAGGGGUCUCACCGCUGGAUGAAGCUGAACUUUGAGGUCUUCACAGAGACAACUUAUGAAUCCACCAAGAUGAUUGAGGGUGUCCUCUAUGAGAUGCGGGUCUUUGCCGUCAACGCUAUUGGAGUCUCUCAGCCCAGCAUGUACACCAAGCCCUUUAUGCCUAUUGCACCCACAAGUGAACCCCUGCACCUGACGGUGGAGGAUGUGACAGACACCACCACCACACUCAAGUGGAGGCCUCCAAAUAGGAUUGGGGCAGGCGGCAUCGAUGGGUACCUGGUGGAGUACUGCCUGGAAGGCUCUGAGGAAUGGGUCCCUGCUAACACCGAGCCCAUGGAGCGAUGUGGCUUCACCGUCAAGGAUCUCCCAACAGGAGCGAGGAUCCUCUUCCGGGUCGUUGGGGUCAACAUUGCAGGUCGCAGUGAGCCGGCCACCCUGGCCCAGCCAGUUACCAUCCGGGAGAUUGUGGAGCAACCCAAAAUCCGUCUUCCCCGCCAUCUCCGCCAGACUUACAUUCGUAAAGUGGGAGAACACCUCAACCUUGUCAUCCCCUUCCAGGGAAAGCCUCGGCCCCAGGCAGUGUGGACGAAGGGUGGGGCGCCCUUGGACACCUCCCGAGUGCACGUGCGCACCAGCGACUUCGACACUGUGUUUUUUGUGCGCCAGGCAGCACGCUCUGACUCCGGGGAGUAUGAGCUGAGCCUGCAGAUCGAGAACAUGAAGGACACGGCCACCAUCCACAUCCGGGUUGUGGAAAAGGCAGGGCCGCCGGAGAACGUGAUGGUGAAGGAGGUGUGGGGCACUAAUGCUCUGGUGCAGUGGCAGCCCCCCAGAGACGAUGGGAACAGUGAGAUCACGGGGUACUUUGUCCAGAAAGCUGACAAGAAAACCAUGGAGUGGUUCAACGUCUAUGAACACAACCGGCACACCUGCUGUACUGUGUCUGACCUCAUCGUGGGCAACGAAUACUACUUCCGAGUUUUCAGUGAGAAUAUCUGUGGGCUCAGCGACUCACCUGGUGUCUCCAAGAACACAGCCCGCAUCCUCAAGACAGGAAUCACUUUCAAACCGCUUGAGUACAAAGAACAUGAUUUCCGAAUGGCUCCCAAGUUCUUGACGCCUCUAGUAGAUCGGGUGGUCGUGGCUGGAUAUGCUGCUGCUCUCAACUGCGCCGUUAGAGGCGACCCGAAGCCCAAGGUGGUCUGGAUGAAGAACAAGAUGGAAAUCCGUGAAGAUCCCAAGUUCCUGAUGACCAACUACCAGGGAGUCCUGACACUGAAUAUUCGCCGCCCCUCACCCUUCGACGCUGGGACUUACUCCUGUUGGGCCUUCAAUGAGCUGGGGGAGGCACUGGCCGAGUGCAAGCUGGAUGUCCGAGUGCUGCAGUGAAACUCUGGCUCCCACCUGUCAAGACAAUGCUGCUGAGUCCUAACCCCAAUCCCAGACCUGCCCAAACCAUGUUCUCCUUUCCCAAGUUAUCACUGAGAACAAAAUAGUGUUGUCUGGGGCUCUCA